AUAUGAAAAAAAUAUCAAUGCAAAUUAUUUUAUCAAUCAAAAAUCAAUUAAGUUGAUUUAUAUAUAAUGCGUAGCAAAUGAUCUUGAGACAUUUUACACCAAACGUAAUACGGUUGAGAAGCAAAAUGACACAAGUUUGUUGUUCUAUUGUUCUGUUUGCAGUGUCCUGUGGGGUUCUGGUAGCCGCCCUGACGCAGUUUGAACAAGAUUUCCUAGAUGCCCAUAACGCUAAGCGACGGAUUGUGGUGCCAACGGCGUCUAACAUGAGAGAACUGAAAUGGAGUGCAGAGUUGGCAUCGGUGGCUCUGAACUAUUCCAGGAAGUGCGUGUAUAAACAUAAUCCAAAUAAAUAUGAGGAGGCUCCAAGUUUUAGAAGAGUGGGAGAAAAUUUACGUUAUGAUACUAACGAAAACACUCCUUUUGAAGUUGUUACUAGCUGGGAUGACGAAAAACAUGAUUACGACUUCUAUGCCAAUACGUGUGCACCUAAUAAGAAAUGCGGGCAUUACACUCAGGUAGCGUGGGCGGAGACAGAAUACGUGGGAUGUGCUGUAACCUUGUGUACACCUCUGGUGGAUAAAUCGGACUCUGCCUACUUCUACGUAUGCAAUUACGGCGAACGGAACCACUGA